ACAGCAGUCUUCCAAAUUUCCAAAUCGGUCUAUCUUUCUGUUUGGCUUGCCUUUCCAGCUCAUUGGCUUUCCUUCUUUUUGUUCUUUCUAAAUUUAUUCUACACUUUGCUCUCUCAUUACUCAUUACAUUUCUUCCUAGCUUUGCUUCUCUCCUUCAACAAUGUCCAUGGAGGUGAAACCCUGAAAGAGGUGGAGGGUGUCCAUAUAUGUAAUUUCAGGAUCUAUAGACAGAUUGCUCCUGCUCCAGUUCAUUAUAACAAGGGGAGUCCUCCAUCAUAAGCCUGCUGCCUCAUACAGGGGAAAUCCAAAUUUCUGAUAAACUUAUUUCUUCUCAAGUUAGCAAGGUUUCACUUAUUUAUCAGAGCUGGUAUUCAUUUUUAGCUUAUAUUCUAUAAUUCUAUGCAUGAAUACCAAACAAAAGUGUUUUUUCUUUGAUUCUGUUGUUUGAUUUGCAAAAAUGGAUCCCUUCUUUUGGUAAAGACAGAUAAUUUCUUUAUGGUUUUCUGAUGAGUGUGGAUGUCAACUCAAUUCACAUUUUGGUUGAAAGUCUGUUGUUGGAUAUACUAGUUCUUGUAAGAUGGGCCAAUAGUAGUAAUGCUAAGUUGUUAAUGAUCAAUCAGAAAACCAGGCAUAAUUUUGAUGAGGUUUAUGUUCUGCAAGAUUCAUUGUCCUCCCUUCAUUUGCUUUUGUAAGCCUUCCUCUCAUAUAUACACUCCUGGACCACUCAAACUAGAGAAUACCCCACAUCCAAAUCCAAAUCCAAAUCCAAAUGUUCCUUGUUCAAAACCUGACACCUCUGAUCAGUUAUCUACUGACCCCAUUGAGAUCAAGGAAGAGAGCUUAGCUGAGAAUCCAAAAACAACUGAGAAUUCUCUUAAAAGCAAUCUCAGAAAGCCGGAUUCUUUGGAUCCUGCUACUCCAAAUGAUGAAAUGAAGAAGAGAGUGCAGUGGAUGGACUUUGUAGGGAAAGAACUUGUUGAGAUCAGAGAAUUUGAAUGCAGUGAAUUAGAUGACACUGACAACGAAUAUGAGAACAGAAGAGGCUGCAUCUGUGUUAUUCUAUGACAACUCAUCUGCAAAUUCCUGAAGCUUUACAGCAAAGAAAAGAGCAAGAAAGAAAUAAGUCUGAAAUUUGAGCAGAACUGCUCAAGGAAGAUUGAAAUUCUAGUACAUUUAUGAUAACACGAUAGAGUAGCUAGUUAACUCCUUCAAUAUAGCCUGUCUGUUUCUGUUACUCAACAACACUGUCUUUGUCUACUCAUGAAACUUUAAACAAGUUCUGAAAUGUUCUUAAGGAGUUAUGUUGCUAUUUAGAUUGUUGAAAUGUUCCUCGCAGAUUCACGCUCCAAAAUGGUCAAGAUGAACUAUCUCGACAUGAAAGCACUUAGAGUAAGUCAAUCUAAGUGAAAAAAGAAA